AUGACCGAACAGGACAAAAUAACAGCCUUAAUUAUUAGCACCAUUUUAGGAAUAAUCGGUAAUAUUCUUGUGAAAGAUGUGAACGAGGCAGGAGAGAAAUCGAUUGGUGUAGAACCCUCACCCAAUAAUUUCGUAGAACCCAAACCAACUAAACAAAAAGUAGAACCCGUAGAACCCUGUCAAACUUUUUCUGAUGUAGAACCCGAAUUAGUAGAACCCAACAAGAAUAGUGAACCCCAACCAAAAGCCGAAAAUGCUAACUCCAAAAUAAUCGAGGGUAAGGAAUAUGUUUUUAUCGAAGGUCGUUGA